GUCGAUCGACAGAUUGAUUUGACUUCACAUAUUGUACGAGUUCUUUCAUCGCUGAAGAUUGAGAAUGCUGGUCCUGAUGCUGUUUCUGAAGUUCUAUUCGCUUUUCCCAAUAUGCAAGCAAAGAAUUUGGCAGCUAUUAAGACGUAGACGUUUUACAGUGAAGGGAAAGGAAAGGGGAAAAGUCCUAGCAUUGCUCUUCCUACUGUAAUUGUCCAGCGCGAAGGAAUGCCCCCUGAGUUGACAUUCUAUUCAGUAGCUUUGCCCAAAAGUUUGGAAAAGGGGAAAACUCUGAAUAUGGACAUGUUGGCUGUUUUUGCCCAUUCUCUGACACCAUUUCCAGAAGAAAUUACUCAAGCUGAUGUCCAACUUCUUGUCUAUCAGGAUAGUGCUUACUAUCUGUCACCUUAUGCUGUUAAGGUCCAGUCGCUUGGUAUCAGACUGCCUAAUGGAAGGGUUGAAUCUUACACUAAGUAUCCUAAUACAAAGCUUGUAGAUUCGGAACUCAAAUACGGCCCAUUUGAAAGCCUUCCUCCCUUCUCCUACUCACCUAUCAUCGUUCACUUUGAAAACAACCAUCCUUUUGCGGUUGUCCAAGAACUAACAUGAGAGAUUGAAAUUUCUCAUUGGGGUAAUGCACAGAUUACUGAACACUACACCAUAGUUCAUGGUGGUGCCAGAACAAAAGGGGGAUUUUCCAGGAUUGAUUACCAAAUGAGAACCAACAUAAGAGGGACCUCGUCUUUUAGUCUUCUUACUGCAUUAUUGCCACCAAGGGCUCAUUCCAUUUACUACAGAGAUGAAAUUGGUAAUAUAUCAACGUCAACUUUAUGGGCUGAUUCUAGAAAGACACAAUUCGGAAUUCAGCCAAGAUUUCCCAUUUUUGGUGGGUGGAGAACAACUUUUACAAUUGGCUACAGUUUACCACUCCAGGAUUUUCUCUUUGAAUCUGAUGGAAAGAGAGUCCUUAAUAUCACUUAUGGCUGUCCAAUACAAGAAGCUGUUGCCGACAAGCUCAUAGUGAAGGUUGUUUUGCCUGAAGGUUCGAAAGAUAUUUCUGCGUCUGCUCCAUUCCACACCAAACAAUCAGAAGAGGUGAAGUACUCGCACCUGGACAUUGUUGGAAGGCCUGUAGUGGUGUUAGAGAAGACUAAUGUUGUUCCGGAGCAUAAUCUGUAUUUUCAGGUGUUCUAUAGAUUCAGCAACCUUUCACUGCUUAGAGAGCCUCUGAUGUUGGCUUCUGGUUUCUUCCUUCUGUUCGUUGCUUGUAUCGUUUACAUGCAUACUGACAUGGCGAUCUCAAAGACUUCUGCUUCAUAUUUGGCAAAAUUGCAAUGGGAUGAGGUACAUAUAAUUUUUUUACUUUCCAGAUUUAUGCGCCUGGCUUCUAGAAUUGCUUCUCUGGUCCAAGAAGUAGCAGCCAUAUUUGCCAAACAAAAAGUUUGGUGCUUCUUGAUGGACUGCUAAAAUUAGCUUUUACUA